AUGAAGGCUACAUGCCUUCUUUUUGUUGCUACGCUGUCCUUGACUGUUCAGGCUUGCGACUCGUAUAAGUACUGCGCUUGCACAAACAAAGACGGGACUACGAAUGACGCUAUCACCAACAUAAUAUGUGAAAAUACCCCUCGCAUUCAUGACCAGGGGUUCAUGGAAUGUAAGCUCUAUAAGAACACCUUUGGGGUCAUCACAGCUUUCGACAAUUGCAAGUUCCGCAGGGCCUUUCAGGCUCAGGGUGCUAUGGGCGAUUCAUGGUGCAGAGCCAAGGUUGGCAUUUUCAAGGCAUAA